CCUGGGGUUGUCUGGGGUCCUUGGGUCCCGGCCCCCUGCUCACGCCCUCCCCAGGUGGACCCUGCACACAGCGGCCGUGUGGGAGCCAGUGAGGCUGCACUCUUCCUCAAGAAGUCGGGACUCUCGGACGCCGUCCUGGGCAAGAUUUGGGACCUGGCGGACCCGGAGGGGAAGGGCUUCCUGGACAAGCAGGGAUUCUUCGUGGCCCUGCGCCUGGUGGCCUCUGCCCAGAGCGGCCGUGAGGUCACCCUCAGCAGCCUGAGCCUCAGCAUGCCGCCCCCCAAGUUCCACGACACCAGCAGCCCGCUCAUGGUCACUCCACCGGCCGCAGACACCCACUGGGCCGUGAGGGUGGAGGAGAAGGCCAAGUUUGACGGCAUCUUUGACAGCCUGCUGCCGGUGGGCGGGCUGCUCUCCGGGGAGAAGGUCAGGCCGGUGCUGGUCAACUCCAAGCUGCCUCUUGACGUGCUCGGCCGGGUCUGGGACCUGAGUGACAUCGACCGAGAUGGCCACCUGGACAGGGACGAGUUCGCCGUGGCCAUGCACCUGGUGUACCGCGCCCUGGAGAAGGAGCCGGUGCCCGCGGCGCUGCCCCCCGCCCUGGUGCCCCCCGCCAAGCGCAGGAAGCCCCCCGCCUUCCCGGGCGCCGUGCCCGUCCUGCCCGCCAGCCCCCCGCCCCACGAGAGCCUGCGUUCCACCCCCUCCCACGGCAGCGCCAGCAGCCUCAACAGUGCGGGCAGCCUGUCGCCCAAGGCGGGCAAGCAGGCGACAGGGGGCUGGGUGGUGCCGGCGGCCGACAAGCUUCGCUUCGAUGACAUCUUCCUGAAGACGGACCAAGACCAGGACGGCUACGUGAGUGGCCAGGAGGCCAAGGACAUCUUCAUCCACUCGGGCCUUGGCCAGGGGCUGCUAGCCCACAUCUGGGCCUUGGCGGACACGCAGCAGACAGGGAAGCUGAACAAGGAGCAGUUCGCACUGGCCAUGUUUCUCAUCCAGCGGAAGGUCAGCAAGGGCCUGGACCCCCCCCAGGUGCUGCCCCCCGACAUGGUGCCCCCCUCGGAGCGCAGCACCCCCGGUCCGGACGGCACAGGCAGCCUGGGCGAGUUUGCGGGAGUCAAGGAGCUGGAGGACAUCAGCCAGGAGGUCUCACGGCUGCAGAGGGAGAAGCUGGCGCUGGAGCAGGACAUCAGGGACAAGGAGGAGGCCGCGCGCCAGAAGGCCAGCGAGGUCCAGGAGCUGCAGGCCGAGCUGGACCGCGAGGCGGGCGGCCUGCAGGAGCUGGAGACGCAGAAGCAGGAGGCGCAGCAGCGGCUGCAGGAGAUGGAGCAGCAGAAGAGCCGGCUGCGGGGCAUGCUGGGAGACGCGCGGGCCAAGUGCCAGGGCGAGACGCGCACGGUCUCGGCGCUGCGGGCACAGAUCCAGACGCAGGAGGCGGAACUGCGGCAGCAGGAGGCGGGGCUGGGCCGGGCGCGUGCGGACCUGGCUCGGCUGCAGGAGGAGGAGACGCAGCUGGAACAGAGUCUGCGGGCCGGCCGUGCGCAGCUGGCCACCAUCCUGCGUUCUCUGCGCGCCACGCACGACGAGAUCGGCCAGGCACGGAGCCGGCUGUCCCAGCUGCAGCUUGGCCAGCAGGACGUUCACCGCAGCCUAGAGCAGCUCGAGCCGGCAGCAGGCGGGGCCUCCUUGGCCGUGGACGACCCCUUUAAGAAUAAAGCCCUGCUCUUCAGCAACCCCCAGGACCUGCACCCCGCCUCAUUCCAGGCCGAGGACCCCUUCAAGUCGGACCCUUUCCGAGGCGCCGACCCCUUCAAAGGUGACCCCUUCGUGCAGCAGCCCACGGCGUCAACAGACCCCUUCGGAGGGGACCCCUUCCAGGAGAGCGACCCCUUCCAGGACUCCGGCCCCGACGACUUCUUCAAGAAGCAGGAGGCCUCCGGCCGCUUCUCCGCGGACCCCUUCUCCAAGAACCCCGUCCUGCCCGCUAAGCUCGACCCCUUCGAGGCUGGUGACCCCUUCUCCAGUGCGGGCGCCCCCGCCAAGGGCUCAGGCCCCUUCUCCACCCCGGACCCCUUUGGCAGUGGCGCCUUCGGCAGCCCCGAGGGCUUCGCGGACUUCAGCCACAUGGCCAAGCCCCCCACUGUGGGUGCUCCCCCCGUCUCUCUGGGGGGGCCUGGAUUCCCCGAGGCGCCCUCCCCCGGCUCCCCCUGUGAGCAGGACACCCCCAUUCUGCCUCCGAAGAAGCCGGCACCUCCACGGCCCAAAGGGCCCAGCGCCCCUGAGGCCCCCAGCCCCCCGCGGUACUCCCUGCUGGCCGGUACAAACACUCCCGUGAGCCAGCUGGGGGCGGCCGACUUCGCCCAGCCUCCCGACCCCUUCCAGCCCGUGGACGCCAGCCUGGGGGACCCCUUCCAGGCCCCCCAACUCUGCGGGGCCCCGUUCGGCGCCAGAGACCCCUUCGCACCGGGGGCCAAGCCCGCCCCGCCCGCCACGGGGUUCGCAGACUUCACCUCUCUUGGGGACGAGGAGCAGCAGCUGGUGUGGGCCAAGCGGGAGAGCGAGAAGGCGGAGCGGGAGAGGCUGGCGCGGCUGUGGCGGCAGGAGCAGGAGGACGUGGAGCUGGCCAUCGCGCUCAGCAGGGCCGACAUGCCGGCCGCCUAGCCCGGGACAGAGCAGAGGCGAGGCGCGGCGAGGAGCGGCGAGGAGCGGCCGCGACAGAAACUAUUGUGCUAGGAGCCAGAGCGGAGAGCGGGACCCUUCCUUCACCGCGCCCGCAGCCCCGCGGACCCCACCUCCCGGCGGCUCUGGGGCGGGGGGGGGGGGGGGGGGGGCGUGAGGAGGGUGUCACCCCGUGCUGGGACUUUAGGGGGACCCCCGUCCAUCCCCCAGAACGGUCUAGGGCCUCGGUCUCUGGUGGACUUGUGGGGGUCAGGUAUCUCAAGCAGAGACUUGGGGGGCUCCCCCAGCAGCAGGAGAGAGGCAGGAGCAGAACAGCCCGUGAGGGGCCCUCCUCCGACCCGGGAGACCCUCCCCACCUACAGGGCAGGACAGACAUGGGGAGAAGCCCCCCGUGUGGUGGAUGCCGUCUAUACCCACCCUUGUGCCCUGUCCCUCCCCGCCCCUCCCCAGCGACUCCCGUCUGGAACCCCAGCCCCCGCCAGGCCUGGAGUGGGACGGGAACCUGCGGCUUCGUGCUCGGCUUCUCGCGCCCCGCACACGCCCGCUCACACACGCCCGCUCACACAUGCCCGCCCACACGCGUAGUGCGGACAGCCCGCCCCCCAGCCCUCCCAGGUCCCCCAGUUCUCAGGCCGGGAGCUCUAACAGCCUCUCCGAGCAGGGGGGAGGGGAGGGGUGCCACCCACCCCCUGGACUCAGGGUUCAGCCCCCACGUCCCUCCUCCGUCCAAGCCCCCCCAACCGCGGCCUCUCCCAGAGCCCUGGGCCUCAGACACCCCCCCCACACACAAAAAAACUCACAGAACAGGGUCCCCUCUACCUGCCAGCACAGAUUCGGGGUCCCUGCUGGUGGGAGGCCGUUUCCCCUUUCGGGGGGAUGUCUGAGCCCCCUGCAGCCCCCGCUGGGGAGACGGGCCUCUGCUUCACUCCGCCAUCCCCCCCACCCCCCAGCCGCAGGACAGACCGUCUCCUCCUGGCCCAAAGCAGGGAAAGUGGGAAGGGAUGUGGUGACGCCAUCUCCCUGAGGCUCUGAGGUCCUGGGUUCGGUCCCCAGCACCACCAGCAGCCAGAGCUCAGCAGGGCUCCGGGUGCCCCCCCCCUCUUUCUCUCCCUC